AUGUUUUAUUUCCAGCUGGUCAUCAUGGCAGGGACCGUUCUGUUGGCGUACUACUUUGAGUACACGGACACGUUCCCCGUGCACAUUCAGGGCUUCUUCUGCUUUGACAAAGCCUACUCCAAGCCAUACCCAGGACCAGAGGACAACAGCAAGGCACCGCCUGUCCUCGUCUACUCCCUCGUCACCGCCAUCCCCACUGUGACGAUUCUGAUUGGGGAAGUGACCAGUUUCUUUGUGAAGACGGAAGGAGCUCAGGAGAAGACCAUAGUGACCGCUGACUGCUGCUAUUUCAACCCUCUCCUCCGUCGGAUCGUACGUUUUCUGGGUGUCUACUCCUUUGGCCUAUUCACCACCACCAUCUUUGCGAAUGCCGGUCAAGUGGUGACAGGAAACCAGACACCUCAUUUCCUGUCUGCCUGCAAGCCAAACUACACAGCUCUGGGCUGCCAGUCUCCACUGCAGUACAUCACAGACCGCCGAGCCUGCACAGGGAACCCAUACCUGGUGGUGUCCGCUCGCAAAUCCUUCCCCUCCAAAGACGCAGCACUCAGCUUUUAUUCAGCUAUAUACACAGUGAUGUACGUGACCCUGGUGUUCCGGACCAAAGGGACCCGUCUGACGAAGCCCACCUUAUGCCUGGUGCUGCUGUCUCUGGCUGUGCUGGUGGGGGUGGUGAGGGUGACCGAACACAGGAACCACUGGAACGACGUCCUAGCUGGAUUUGUUACGGGAGGAGCCAUUGCUGCAUUCCUGGUGUCGUGCGUAAUCAACAAUUUCCAGCCAACACAGAUAGGGGUGCCAACUCCUCCACCUCCACAGCGUCUAGAGCCCCCCGUCGGGCUGCCUCUCCUCAGCCUGCCUCGUGUGGAGAGUCCACUCGAAAAACUCCAGGGCUACCGUAUUCUGAGAUCACAUGACCAUCAGCCAAUCCCAUCCCCCGCCCCUCCCGAUGUGCUCCUCCCCUCAAGGCGUUGCCUCACCAGCGCAGUCUAG